AUGAAAUAUGAUCAAGUUUUUUUACUUCUUCUUCUUCUUCUUUUAACUUCAAAUUGUUUAUCAAUUACUGAUAAAGAUAAGCAAUGUUCAAUUCGAGAUACUUGUUCAAAUUCAUCAUUAAUAUCUCCAUUAAUAUAUGGCAAUGAAUCUUUUAUUCAAUCUCGAAAUUGUUUUUGUGAUCCGAUUUGUCAAGAAUAUGGUGAUUGUUGUAAUCAAUCAAAAUUAAUGAAUUCAAAUAAAUAUCAAUGUAUUGAUUUUCUUUCACCAGCAUCACCUGACCGACCACUAAGAUUUCCACCAUUAUCUGUAUGGAUGCGUACUAAAUGUUUACGAGUUUAUCUUGGAUCGCGUUCUGAUAUAUAUUGUCGAAAUUUAAAUAAUCAAACUUUCAAAGAUAAUCCAAUAUUAUUUAUUCCAGUUACAAGUAUACGAACAAAUAUAACUUAUCGAAAUUAUUUCUGUGCAUAUUGUAAUAAUGCUACAAAUUCUAAUAUACAAAUUUGGGAAUAUAGAGCAAACUGUCCUAAAAAUCAAACUAAUUUUGAUAAUAUAAUUUUAAAUAAGGAAGAACAAAUGAAUAAUAUUUAUAAUUUAACACAAAAUUGUACAAGAACAAUUAUUUAUCCACGUAUUAAGAAUGAUUAUGAACAACCAUCCGUUUUUAUUCGACCUUGUAAAAAUUCAUUUCCAUCAAUAUGUCCUUUGGGAACUUCAACUGAUUUAGCUCGAAAUUGUUCUUUGUCUUCGACUACUUAUCGUUAUGAUGUCAUUUCCAAAAUUAUCUAUUCAAAUCCAUAUUGUGCACAAUGUAAUAAAAAUAAUAAUAGUGAAAUAACAUGUUUAGAUCCAUAUCCACGUUCUGGUAUAUCUAGUGCAUCUCAGGGACUUCCUGAUCCAUUAUCAAUAUUAUUUGAUCCAGAUUUAUUAAAUUAUUAUCUUAAUUCGGAUUUUAAUAAUAUUUCUACAACUCACAUGAUUUAUUCAUUAAGUUAUAAAUGUAAACAAUCAAAUGAACUUUACAAUUUAUUUCUAAACAAAUGUUCUCCAAUAACAGAUUUAAAUAAACAAAUAAUUCUUUCAUUGAAAUGUUCAUAUCCAGUUUUAACAUUAGAAAAAUCUAGAAGAUUUAAUAAUGGAAGUUUAUAUCUAAGAAGUCAAUCAAUAUUUUUAACUAAAGAUCAAUAUGUAUCUAUUAAUGAUUAUGGAAUUAUUUUUUGUUCUGAUCAAUGGAAAAAUAUUAAAACUACAUUUCCAUUUUAUCGCCAUAUCUUAUCUAUGAUAUGUACAAUAAUAUCUCUAGCAUGUCUUUUAAUAUUCAUGAUAACAUUUUGUUUAAUUCCAUCCUUACAUAAUCUUCCGGGUAAAUGUCUUUUACUUCUUUCAAUUUCGAUAUUUCUUGGUCAAUUAAUAUUUCUUUUAACAUCUGAUCUUAUACAAUAUUCAUUACUUUGUUUUAUAUCAGCUAUUCUAAUACAUUACUUUUAUUUAUCAUCAUUUUUUUGGUUAUUAAUUAUAGCAAUUCAUAUACAUUCAACAUUUAAUCGUGAAACUGUUCGACGAACAACUGUUAAAAAAGAUAAUUUUCAUUUAUUAAAUUCGAAUAUAUUUGUUUGGUGUUCAACAGGAAUUAUUAUCUUCAUUGCAUGUCUUAUACAAUUUACAAAUAUUCAAUCAAGUUUUUCACCAAAUUAUGGAGAUUUAUUUUGUUCAAUAUCAAAAUCAAAUGCAAUGAUUGUAUUUUUUCUUUUACCAAUUGGUUGUUUACUUUUAAUUAUAACAAUUUUAUUUUUGAAAACAAUUUUAGCAAUUCAUCGUUCACAUACAGUAGCUAGAUUGGCAAAUUCAUCAACAUUAUCAAAUAAUCAUUUUGUAUUUAUUUAUGCACGUUUAGCAUCAUUAAUGGGUUUACAAUGGAUUUUAUUAAUUUUUGCGCUUAUUUUUCGUCAAAAUUGGUUAUGGAUUAUUUUUGAAAUAAUAAAUUCUAUUCCAGGUGUAUUUAUUUGUUUGGGAUUUUUAUGUUCACAAAGACUUUGGAGUCCAAUUAAACAGCGAAUAACAACAAAAUUAACGACGAAACAAGAAGCAUCUAACAGUAACACAGCAACGAGUAGUUUAAUAUCACGACAGCCACUUCGAUAA